UACACUAUCGGAAAGGUGAAUGAAAUAAUUAAGGGAUAUGUGACAUUAAAUUCUGAUAAUGGUUAUCAGGAAGCCAAGAAGAUCCUCUCAAAGCGUUUCGGGGAUCCUUAUCUCGUGUCUGAAGCUUAUAAAUCAAAAUUGAAAGCCUGGACACCAGUAAAUGAAGUUGAUAGUAAAGGCCUGCAAGAACUGUCUGACUUCCUGUUACGUUGCGAAGAAGCUAUGAAAACAAUGAAGUUUAUGGAUGAUCUAAACUGUACUGAAACCUUGAAACAGAUUAGCGCGAAGCUUCCAUCUUACUCCGGGAUGAAAUGGUGUCGUCAUGCUUUCGAGCUUAGAAAAAAGACAAACGCGUUGGUUCAAUUCCAUGACUUGGUUUUGUUCGUACGAGACGAGGCUGAACUUGCAACUGACCCUGCCUUUUCUCCCUGUGAACUUAAGGAAAAGCGUAAAAGGGAAAGCAAGAAAGAGGAAAGAACAAGACCAGUGAAGAAACCAUUAGCUGGUGGUAACAGCCUUGUGACCUAUGGCAAGGAGAAGAGUCAAGAUGUUGAAAUAAAGAAUAGACAAAAGAAAGGCUGCCCUUGUUGCUCAGAAGAUCACUAUCUUAACGGCUGUCCCAAAUUCAUGAAAAUGGAGAUAAAUGAAAGAAAGGAUCUCGUGAAGACGCUAAGAUUAUGUUACAGCUCUUUGGGUCGUGGACACUUGUCUAAGAAUUGUAAGCAUAAGCUAACGUGCAAGGAAUGCAAGAAACCCCACCCGACAUCCUUGCAUUACCCGCCAAAGGAGAAGCAACCGGAAGAGACAAAGGAUUCAAAAGAUUAG